GCGGCGGCGGGGCGGCGGCGGCCGCGCUCCGGAAGCCGUGCCCGGUGGCUGGGCAUCAUGGGAAUGGCACGGCCGAGUUCCGGGGGAGGCGCGCGGCGCGGCCGGACCCCCGCCCGGCGAGCGCGCGCCCACCUGCCGGCCGCGCCGCGGAGGAGCCGCGGGAGCCGCGCGCCGCCCCCGCGCCCGCCCGGCGCCCGCGCCCGGCGCCCCGCGCCCCGCGCCGGCCCCGCCUGGAGGCGGCCCGAGCCUCCGGAGACGCCCCUCCCCUCCCGUCUCCGGCCGGCCCCCGAAGUGCGCCCGGGGCGCUCCGACUCAGAGAUCUUCACUCAAGGCCUGGGGGGUGCCACUGCCCCUCAGGGUCCUGAGGCCGGUGGGGUGGACCCCGGCCCGUGCGAGGGGCACAUGGAAAGGAAGACGAACCCUCUGCUUCCGCCCCCGGUGCCGGUCUCCGUGGCCCUGACCUAGACCUCUCUCGGGCUAAACUGGGGUUUUGUUUCCUGUCUAGAAAGUGCCCGAAGUUGGACAGGAGAAAACAAAUCAGAGGCUUUAUUCCCACAGGGAUGAGAAGGGGGCUGUUUUUUAUCUGCCUGGGGAAUUUGGGGCCAAGUGUCAAGAAACCCAUGAAAACAUUGAAUUAAUCCUUCAGUAAACUGUUUAAUAAACACUGGCUUCCCAUUA